GAAUGUUUGCCCCCACGCAGAGGACCGAAGGCAUUUCCACCUCGGAUAUCAUCACCCGCAUCGUCCGGGACUACGACGUCUACGCCCGGCGGAAUCUGCAGCGGGGUUACACGGCCAAGGAGCUCAACGUCAGCUUCAUCAACAUGCUGAAAGAAGGGAAGGGGCGCAUGAUGCAGGCCAUCAGCCCCAAGCAGAGUCCCAGCAGUAGCCCCACCCACGACCGCUCGCCCUCGCCCUCCUUCCGCUGGCCUUUCACCGCCCGGACGCCCCCCCUGUCUCCCGCCGGCAUCCCCCGGAACAAGUCGACAGCCAGCUACGACAUCAGCGAGGAUGAAGAGGACUGAACCUGCCUCGGGAGACGGCGGCAGCAGUGGGGCGUGGGGGGUUACGGAAGCCACGAGCCACUUAGGGAGACCCCGAGAACUUUGGCCUGGCUCCCCAAAUUCCAGAGCUGAGAUGGUCGCACCGCCAGAGAUGUCUUCUCUCCACAACCUCUGCGAGCUGGCACAAGCCGUAGCAUUUUCCUUAUUUUUAUUUUUCUCCUCUCCUUCCCCCCGGUUAUUUCUCACCCCGAACGGAGGGGAAACCGUGACUUUUCUUUUAAAAACAAGCGUUUUAUUUUUGCCGGGAGCCGAAAGC